AGAUCAAGAGAUUUACGAUUCAGAGGAAGUAGAAGAGGGAAAUUGUAGCUAAAGAAACACAAUGGCUCAGCAGGUUGGGAAGGUCAAAUAUCAAGAAUGCAAGUAAAGAAGUUAAUUACGUCUGGACAAUGACUGCGAGGAUUUCUAAUGGAGAAAGGCGAGAGAGAAACUCUUAGGGCUUCAAUCAGUGAAUCAUCUGCAUUGCGCAGAACAUAAUGGAACGGCGAUUUUCCGUAGAAUCUCAAACUUUGCCCGAGGCAUUCCGAAUCCCGAACUUUGCCUGAGGGCAUUCCCUGAAAACAAGAACUGUGCAGUUUCCCGUGGGAAGCUGCUGAGGAGCAUCCUGUUCAGAAGUGAGGACGUCGAGGAACACUGCAAUAUGCAGACUAACAUAGCAGGAAAAAAGAGUUAAGUAGCCACAUAUCGUUCUCCUUAAGUCCCUACCACCUGAUUUUUAAACUGCCUCAGAAUACGGAACCCUUGUUAGUUUGGCCGGGUUUCUCCGCCCUGGCGUGAACUCGGGCAUUUAACGAAGACAACCUUUGCUAACACGAGCGGGAGGAGCCGAGUGGAAGAAUGGUGGGCGUGGUCAUCCCGGAGCGGCUGGAGGCCGCGCCCCCUUCCCACAGUGCACCGCAGCCGCUGCCAGCGUGAGUGCCUUCCUAGUCGGCCCCGGCCGGGCUCGGAGUACAGACCCGCCAUGGAUGGGCUCCGAGCUAGCGCAGGGCUGUUGAGGCGCGGGCGGCCGAGGCGCCGACGCCAGCCCCAGCCACACAGCGGGUCGGUCCUGGCCCUAGCCUCGAGGCCCAGGAAGAUACGGAGGCAGCUGAGAAGAAGUGUUGCGUCCCGCAUGGCAGCGCUGAGGGCCCGGACGCUGCCGAGCGAAGACUCGGAGGACUCGAGGGUGGAGUCCACGGCCGACGAUCCGGGGGACUCCCUGCCUGGCGGGACAGCGGCGGUGGCCGCCAUCCCGGACGCGGCCCGGCGAGAGCCUUACGGCCACCUGGGGCCUGCAGAGCUGCUGGAGGCAGCGCCUGCCACGCGCUCCCUGCAGACCCCGCCGGCGCGCCUGGUGCCUGCUUCGGCGCCGCCGGUGCGCCUGGUGGAGGUGCCCGCUGCGGCGGCCCGCGUGGUGGAGAACUCGGCUUUGCUGUGCACAGCCCAGCACUUGGCGGCCGCCCCACAUUCCGGAGCCCCUGCGACGCUGUCGGGGCCGGAGGUGGAUAGCACGGGUGGGGAGCUGUCCUGCGACAACCCCCUGCAGCGCGUCUUGGCGGAGCUGAACCGCAUCCCCAGCAGCCGGCGGCGCGCGGCACGCCUCUUUGAGUGGCUCAUCGCUCCGAUGCCGCCGGAUCAUUUCUACCGGCGCCUAUGGGAGCGGGAGGCGGUGCUGGUGCGGCGGCAGGAUCGCACCUACUACCAGGGCCUUUUCUCUACCUCCGACCUGGACUCGAUGCUGCGCAACGAGGAGGUGCAGUUCGGGCAGCAUUUGGACGCCGCGCGCUACGUCAACGGACGGCGCGAGACCCUGAACCCGCCGGGUCGCGCACUGCCGGCUGCUGCGUGGUCCCUCUACCAGGCUGGCUGCUCCCUGCGCCUCCUCUGUCCGCAGGCUUUCUCGACCACAGUGUGGCAGUUUUUGGCUGUGCUCCAAGAGCAGUUUGGAAGCAUGGCAGGCUCCAACGUUUACCUCACGCCCCCCAAUUCGCAGGGCUUUGCCCCCCACUACGACGACAUCGAAGCUUUUGUGCUGCAGCUGGAAGGUAGGAAACUCUGGCGUGUCUACCGACCCCGGGUUCCAACUGAGGAACUGGCCCUGACAUCUAGCCCCAACUUCAGUCAGGACGACCUCGGUGAGCCAGUGCUGCAGACCGUGCUAGAACCUGGAGAUUUGCUCUAUUUUCCUCGGGGCUUCAUUCACCAAGCUGAAUGCCAGGAUGGAGUCCACUCUUUGCACCUCACCUUGUCCACUUACCAGCGCAAUACCUGGGGUGACUUCCUAGAGGCUGUACUGCCUCUAGCUGUGCAGGCUGCAAUGGAAGAAAAUGUGGAGUUUCGGAGGGGUCUUCCCCGAGACUUUAUGGAUUACAUGGGGGCCCAGCAUUCUGAUUCUAAGGAUCCGCGAAGAACCGCUUUUAUGGAGAAGGUCCGGGUCUUGGUUGCCCGGCUGGGACACUUUGCUCCUGUGGAUGCUGUGGCUGACCAGCGAGCCAAAGACUUCAUCCAUGAUUCUCUGCCCCCUGUUUUGACUGAUAGGGAGAGGGCACUAAGUGUUUACGGGCUCCCAAUUCGCUGGGAGGUUGGAGAACCCGUAAAUGUGGGGGCCCAGUUGACAACAGAAACAGAAGUCCACAUGCUUCAGGAUGGGAUAGCUCGUCUGGUGGGUGAGGGAGGCCAUUUGUUUCUCUAUUACACAGUGGAAAACUCCCGUGUUUAUCAUCUGGAAGAGCCCAAGUGCUUGGAAAUAUACCCCCAGCAAGCUGAUGCCAUGGAACUCUUGCUUCGCUCCUACCCAGAGUUUGUAAGAGUAGGGGACCUGCCCUGUGACAGUGUGGAGGACCAACUUUCCUUGGCAACCAUGUUAUAUGAUAAAGGGCUGCUGCUAACCAAGAUGCCUCUAACCUAAACUACUUUCUUGUGAAUUGCUGGAAACAAGGCAGUAGUGAUUCUCUCCUACCACUGCCACUAUCUUUUUUUAAAUUCAUGUUCUUACCUUGAUAAUCAUCAGUGUGCUCACAUUUACCUUUAUGGCUUCUUCAAUGUCACAAACCUCAGACGGUCUUCUAGAAAGAACCACCUCAUCUAGUUGGAAGAAACUUCCCCAAAUCUGGCAAGUGAAUAUUCUGAUGGUUGCUGGAAAAGUGCCUGUUGUACCAGAAAGAGCACUGGACUUGGAGCCAGAAGACCUGGGUUUGGGGUGGUAGCUGGUAGGCAGCUGGCUGAGUGACCUGAGGCUGCUGCUACGAUUGGGUACACAGAUUUUGUUCUUGCAUACCUAACUCUGUUUCCUGAGAUGAUAAAGAAUGGCUAUUAAAAGUUAUGUAUAUAUUACUAUUCUGACUUUAAUUUUCCCAGACCAAUCUCAAAUGCUAUUUUUAUGAUUCUACUAUGAGUAUUCCUGCAACAUCAGCUCAUUAAAUGACCUGUCCUAGGAAAAAGGAGGGCAGAUGUCCUGCACCACUGGUGAGGAGAGUGCCUGUGAACCCAUAUGCUUUCCUCCCUUCCUCCUCCCAGCCCCUGGCAAGAGGUGGGCAGUGGAAGCCUCCAUGACUGCAGCAGGAUCCUCAGAAGAUUUUCUUUUAACAACAAUUUCAUUGAAGUAGGAUUCACAUUCUGUAAAAUUCAUUCUGUUAAAGUGUAUAAUUUGGUGGUUUUGGUGUAGUCACAGAAUUGUGCAACUAUUACCACUAUCUAAUUGUAUAAUGUUUCCUCACCCCACAUAGAAACCUCAUUAUCAUCCUUCCCUCCCUUGCCCCAACCCCUAGCAACCAUUAAUCUACUUUUUGACUCUGUGGAUUUGCUUAUUCUCAGAAUGGAGUUGGCUUAUGCAGAAGGUAGUAUAGUAAUAUUAACAAUAAUGUUUUGAGUUUGCACAGCAUUUAAUAGUUUACAAACCACCUCAUCCAAGUAUUGCCAAAGUGCCUUCCUGCAUGAAUGAUUAGUGUCUUCAUUAUAACAAAGCGGCUGGGCUUCAGAAAAUGACCUAUCAAGACUCAUUCCAGGGCUUCUCUGGGGUCCUUUCUCUAACUCUGGUAUGAGAGUUUGUGGAAGCUUCCCAUAGCUGCCAUCAUUAGCACCUCCUUUGCCUGGGCAUUGCCUACCCAGCUAUUGCCUAUCCAGGCAGCACUAGAGACAGAGGUUUGGGGCUGGUGGGAAAAAGAAUGGAUGACCACUGCUGUUAGUUCCUGCACACCAGGCCAGCCAUCUGAACAGGGAUAUUGCAAAGAAAAGAGUGGUGGGAAAUGGAAAUAUGGAAAAUGGAGUCUCUUGAAGAAUAUGCACAUUUUGUUUCAUUAAGCUCAUUUCUUGGCCACCUCCCUUCCCUCUUCCCUAUUUGUCUUACAGAAUGAGAAUGAUGUACUUGUGAAACAGAAACUUAUGACAAAGGAAGACCCUAGGGCCUGAGGCAGCUGUUUCAGGAGAUCCAGGUCGCUGUCGGAGGUGAGCUCAUCCCGGAUGUGGCUCCAGUCGUACUGCUGGCGCAA